CCAGUUCAACAACAGGCUCAUCAACAAGCACAUCGACAAGCGUCCCAGUCGGUAAUUUCCGUUUCUGAGACUAAGCACUUGACAGUGGGUCUUACUGAAGUUAAUUUGUAUUAUUGAGAUGCUAUUAGAAAGAGCAGACUCAGUACUAUUCAUAAGUAUGUUUUGAAGCUUGGCGGUAGUCCUUCCACGACCUCUAUAAAAUAUAUGCGGUGAAUAAAUAUUUUCGUCAGCAUUCUUAUGAAAAUAAAUAAUUGUUAAAGAAAUUUCUGCUGUUGGUUAAAGAGGAGAAAUUUAUAUUUUUAGUGUCACCGUCCGGCUAUAUUAUAACUCUACCAGGCGAUCCAAUUUUUCCCAUAUGUAACGCAAGUGCCGGCAAUUCCAGUCAGGCUGCAACCGCAGCUACCUCAAAUGCACCAUGCACAUAUUUUAGCGGUCAAGGACCAGAUAUUGCAAUUGACAAUAUCACAACGGACCACUAUGUAGUCUUCGGAAAUGGACCGAAUGGUAAGGGUGGUAUUGGUACUGGAUUUUAUGUCAGCCCGUCGAAAGGCGCAACCAAUUUAACCGGAAUACAAUUUUUCACAGCUGCACUUCCAACUCGAGAUCCUACCGCAAUUACAGUUGAAGGAAGUAAUGCGAACAGCAGUUUGUUGACACAGGGAUCAUCGUGGAUUCUAUUAUAUUCCGGAACAGCGGGUAUUACUGUAAAUACAAGCACUAAUAGCUUGGCAUCAUUUGUGAGCAUAUCAACGAGUACAGCAUAUACGAGUUAUCGAGUAAUAGCGACAGAUCAACUGGCUAAUGAUAGUUCUACACAGUAUGCUGAAGUUUAUUUAUAUGGUUCAUCGGCAAGCUCAACGACAAGCUCAUCGACCAGUUCAUCAACAGGCUCAUCGACCAGUUUAUCAACAGGCUCAUCGGCCAGUUCAUCAACAGGCUCAUCGACCAGUUCAACAACAGGCUCAUCAACAAGCACAUCGACAAGCGUCCCAGUCGGUAAUUUCCGUUUCUGAGACUAAGCACUUGACAGUGGGUCUUACUGAAGUUAAUUUGUAUUAUUGAGAUGCUAUUA